AUGGUGAGACUUGACCGUCUUAUUUUCAAAAUCCACGUUCUCACUGACUCUUUUUCGCUGGCAGGCACUCCUCAAGAUAAUGAAGCAUAUGAAGGCGCUCUCGGCUUGUGUGCAAUCUUAAAGAAGGAAGAGGAGGAGGAUUCACAUUCCCAUUCGCCAUCGGAUUCAAGUGACGUGCCAACGCCUCCACAGCAGCAAAGCUCUGGGACCUCUCAAGAUCCGAGACUCCCUGCAUCAGAUGAUCAACCAGCCGUUAAUAGUUCUGAGGAGAAAGACGAGCACUUAUCUCCCACUGAGCUGCCGUGGACCCCUAGGAAGAGCAGGUCGGCUUUCAAACGCGAUUCUUCAGCAGCUAGAUCCAAGGACGUUCUUCAAGAGUGCCAUUCACAAGCCUUUGCUCGAAGAGAAAAAGUGACGGAUGUGCAUGCUGUGCCACAUCAAGUUGAGGAGAACUUGGAACUUCCAUCAAGGCACAAGCUGCCGAGAUACUCCGUUGGUGAGGAGCAGCAACCAACUUUCCUGCAUGACAGCCAUUUGCCAUUUCCUGGGAUUCGUGGAUCCAGGAGCUUUACAUACCAGAUGCAGGAUAGCACUCUCGGUUGCCGUUCAAACGUCGGACAUAAGGAUGGGCUACCCAAGCCGGGACUGAGGCUUUCCGGGUCUGCAGACGCAUUUCAAUAUGCCAUGGGGGAAGGUGUGAGCAAUUCACCUGCCAAUGAGCGCUUAUUUUCUGUUGGAAGACUGCAAGAUUCUAUUUCCCCUCGCUCGGCGUCUGUUCCGCACACUCCAGUUCGACGAAAGCUUUCUCGCAAAGGCAUUCCAUCAAGGGGUGAUUCGGGCAUUGAUUUCAGCCCGCUAAUUGAGCCAUCUUCCCCAUGCAAGGCGGUCAGCCCAUGUGUUCUUCCGCGAACAGCAGCUGAGCCUCCUGUGAUUAAUCAACAUAGAAUGAGUGUAUCAGCUGCUGGUUUGGAAUCUGACGAGCAUUGUGCAAGCGAAGUCUCCAUCGAGAAGCUGGAGACACUUCGACCUGGUAGCAGCAAGGAGGAUGACGCGACUUCGUCCUUCUCAAAAGAUGUACAGUUGCGUCUUUUUGAAGACAGGAAGGCAUCAACUAGUCCUGGGACACCCCGCAUGUUGAAAGCAGAGCCGUACAGUGUAUGUGCUGGUCCUUCAACCAGCAGACUCGCUGCUCUGGGUACUCAUGACAAGAUGCGUUCAGACAAGAAAGUUGCAGCUGCUGUUGCGGCAGCAUUGAGACUGUGCGUACCUGAGAUUGCUGGAUCGGGGUCCUCUUUCAAGACAUCUAGUUCGUCUAGUGACUGUUCUGAAGGGCGCUGCCAUGCAAGUCCUGGCACUGAGGAGUCUCCACCUAAAGCAGGGAAGGAGGAGAAUAACACAACCUCUGACCUUGCACUUCGUUGUCACAUGAAGCUUCCAUGUGGAAUGAUUAGGAAUCAGGAGAUUCUCAGCGCUUCUCCUUACAACCUUAUCCAGGAGGGGCUCACUAAUGAUCCCUGGAGGGUCUUGGUCGCAUCGAUGCUUCUGGAAGGUCAUCCUUCUAAUAUGGUGCGGCUUGGAGUAAGGAGGUUGUUUCAGAAUCUUCCUUCAGCAGAUGACGUCUUAUCUUCUGACAUUCAGACACUGCAACAAAUCGUAGGCAGUGCAGGAUUUCAUGAGAGAUGGGCUAAGAACUUGCUUAUAUUCACCCGAGAAUUCUCAUCAGGAAACUGGGCUCGGAUAACUGACCUUCCAGGAGUUGGCAGAUAUGUUGCAGAUGCAUAUGCUAUCUUCGUUGAGGGUUGCGAGCUAGCGAACACCUUCAACGACCGGGAAGGAGUAGCGCGCACGGUCACGGCGCUCUUCACGGACUGA